AUGGCCACAUCAAUUUGCGCAGAACGGCUCAGCGAUUCCCUCGGUGGAUAUAAAAGCUUGAAGUUCCUUCAGCCUGAAGCAGAGUCUGGCCUGACUUCAUACCGAAAAGCUUUGCACAAUGGUACGUAUACUGCAUGGAGUGAAUGCGUGUGCUUGCUUCAGCACAAAUAUUCUCUCGCACUUGUGUUGGUGGCUGCCAUGGUGACAUGUGUCCUGGCGGGAGGAAGAAGCUAUGGUGGAUAUGGAGGCGGUUAUGGAGGCGGCCGUGGAGGCGGUUAUGGUGGCGGGUACGGAGGCUAUGGAGGUGGUUAUGGAGGCGGUCGCGGAGGUGGCUACGGAGGCUAUGGAGGCGGCUACGGAGGUGGCAGCGGAGGUUAUGGUGGUGGUUAUGGCGGCGGUCGCGGAGGUGGUUACGGAGGCUAUGGCGGCGGUCGCGGAGGAGGCUAUGGUGGCGGCUAUGGCGGUGGCUAUGGAUACGGGAAAUGA